UAACCUUCGACAACUUUGACAAGAGAGCAAUAACAAAUUAAUAUUCUACUGUCAACAUUGGGGCAUAGGUCUCCAUUCCUCCUUCGUCUCUUAGUGAAACCAACGACGUUUUGAAGUGUUUUUGGAGGAGUGGGACUGUAAGAUUUAAGAUUUAUCUGCAAAAGCAUUCUUGGGUGGCAUGAUAUCUGCAGCUUAGCAGAUCAACUGCUUUUAAGCAAUGGAAGGCUCAGAUGGAAGUUCGAUAACUCUGAUAUCUAGGCAAGAGGGGUUUGAUUACGACUUCGUGCCCCCCUUAGAUAGCAAGUAUGAGUGUGCCAUAUGUCUCCUUGGCCUCAGAUCUCCAAUGCAGACAACAUGUGGGCACCGAUUUUGUAAAGACUGCAUCUUCAAUUGUUUAAGUGAGAGUAGCAGUCGGUGUCCUGUUGACAAUACGCCACUAUUGGAGAGUGACUUGUUUGCAGAUUCUUGUGCUGAAAGGGAGAUACUACAGCUUAAAGUAAAGUGUCCAAACCAUGCACUUGGAUGUUCAACAGUUGUGGAUCUCAUGUACAUAGAACAUCACACACAGGCAUGUUCCUGUCAGGUUAUUCUUUUGAUAUGACAGGGUGCAGAAAUUAGUUGCUUACUUAAGAGCUGAGAGCAUUCAUUACUACAGGGGAAAAUGGUAAUGGUCCUUUUUUAGCAUUUUUUAAACAACAGUAUCGAGUGUACGUAGUGAUAUGUAGCAGAGAUUAACAUGUGUACAUUCGUAAUAUACCUGUACAUGUUGUGCACAAAAUAUUUAUUUUCCAAGUAUGUUUAUUGCAUUGCAGCUUUCACCUUGUGCUUUUACCUGAUUCACCCUUUUUUUUAAUUUUUUUUUAUUUUUAGAAAGGGUAUGCUUUUGGUUUUCACAGAGUUUUAAAGAGAUGAGAUUACUUAUAAUGAUUGUUGACCUAUAUGCCACCUUUAUAUAUGUCACCUAGUCGAGCAAUAAGUUAUGUUGUCAUAUUACAUUAAUUUUCCAACAGCAUUUGUUAUGUCAGUAUCACUGAAGUGAAUGUUUCAAGUUGAAUUUGAAUCUGAUAGCAUCGAGAAGGUAAAUCUGUGCAGCUGAGGAGACAAAAAAGUAAAUUUCUUAGGAUUUGCACCAGCUUUAUGUACUGGUGUACUGUAUAAUCAUUAACUAAUUACAUUCCUACCAGAAGGUGUAAGCUAUAAGUUCUUUUUUCCGUUUUGAUUUCAUUGUGUAUUCCUAUCAGCUGUUUAUACAGACAAUUCUUCAGGAUCUUUUUUGCAAUUCUAUUACUUUUAACUUUACAGGGAUUGACAGGAAAGACAUACUCUCACUCCUAUGCCCUGUUAGAACUUUUAAAAGUUAACACUUGUUUGGUAGACCAUUCUGCCAAUGCUUGUUCAUCACCUACUUAGGUCCUCAUCAGCUAUUGUCCAAAUAUACUGGGUGGUUUUUGGCAUAGACUAGCUGUUACAAGGCACUGAUUUUUAAUCUAAGAGGACUGUAGAUGUUUGGAAUUCAUGCUCUGUUUAAUUCAGCUGCAUAUGUUGGCAAGUUCCUGGAUUUUCAUUCUACAUUGGAUGUUUCUCACAUCACAAAAUUUAAGGGCCAUUGGUUGUUUAAGCAGGUAAUCUCUUUUUCUAAUUGUGGCUCUCAUUUUUAUCUCAUUUUUCACAACUCAUCAUUUCAUCCAAUGCUAACAAGCUUCCACUUUACAAAGGCAUACAACCCUUCCAGUUUUUACCACUCCACCAGCUUUAUAUUCAGAUCAUAUCAAGAACUUGGAGUAAUCUUACAUUCUUUAGUGGGUUGAUGUGACUAAUUUAAUACAGUUUUUUAUUACCUGAUCAUGUCUUCUAAAUCAAAGAGGUGGUUUCUAAAGUAACUCUUUAGUAUUUAGCUGUAUGUAGUAAGGCAAAUGAAAAAUGUUUUGAAAUAAAGUCCCUCCAUUUGGGUGCAGAUAUAUUGAAAUGAGAAUUCUAUUUCUUGCUGAAUAUUGGGAUGAGAGAUUUCUGGGGUAUACUACCUCACUUCCGUAGGAUAUCUUUCAUCCCUGAGAGGACAAAAUUAUUGUCAUCUCAGUUAAAAUUUUAGCAGGUUUUGUUGACAUAUUUUGUAAUAUUACCAAUUUUAGAACAUUCUUAUUUACUAUAUUAUAUAAGCAUGACUUUAAGAAAACAGCUUCAACCUUAGUUUUUCUGUGUGCAGUGAUUUAAAAUUAUAACUAGUUCUGAGUUUUUCCACUUGACCAUUCACUAGCAUUGUAGUUAGCUUGAUUCACAGUAACUGCCAGUUUUGGAAAGUUAAUAAUUAUUUGAGGAUGUUGGUCUUACACAUAUUUCUAAUCCCUUUGCACUAGAUGCCCUGACAACACUACACUACAUGCAGUGUAUGAUUUUCCCUAACCCUGUCUUG